AUGUCAUCAACAGAAAAUUGGCUGAAACUUUUUCGCUGGUGGCAAGAACAUUUGAAAUGCCAUUCACUUUCAACACCAACAAUUGAUGAUCAACGAGGAUUGUUACAACGACAUCCUUCGUCAACGUCGACAUCCUCGGUGAAGACUUCACAGAAAUUCAAGAUGAAGAAACGUGCGUCAUUCGGAGAAGUUGAUGAACAUCAAGUUGGCUACAAUGAUUUUCGACAUGUUCGUGACAGUAUUCGAGGAAAGAAUCCUCUUACGACACGAAUUACACCGACAAAUGCAGCUUAUAAAAGACGUAAUUUUCGUCGUUCGACAACCUAUGAUCUUCCAUCGGAUGACAAUGAUUCUAAUGAGAAUACGUUUGUGCCAUCAAAGUUGUCUUCAAUGAGUAAACUCAGAAAUCGAUACUCUCGCCGAUUGUCACUUGUCAAAUUCGAACUAUCACCAACAAAUUCUUGUGCAAUGAAAGACGAACAUAAAUCAAUAAUCCCUUCAUGUAGUCCCAAUCUUAUCCAGAAACUCUUAUUCAAACAAUUCAGUACAAAAACUCGACCAUGUACCAUCGGAAUAUCCUCUGACGACAAUACAACAACAACAGUGUUGAAUGAUACACCUCCUAAUCGACGACGCACGAGUACAGCAAGUAGUAAACAUUCGUGUCUUAGUUUAUCGCCAUCUCCCAACUCGAAAUCUCAUUCGGGUGAAACAUCUCUUUUGCCAGUAUUUGACAAAGCUUUAUCCAAAAGUCAACAAUCAGAUCUAAAUGCAUAUUUAUCCAAACGACGCAACACAACGGGAAGUAUUUCAAUAAAUAAACUUGUUGAUUUAAAAAAUGUCUCAAAUGUACAUUCGUUGAAAAUUACUUCUGCACACAAUUCAAGUAAUAAGAUUGCUGCUGAAAAUAUCUUUCAAACGGUUGAAGAUUCUGAUUUUCUUGGAACUAAACAUUUAAUCCAUGCAAAUGAAAAUCUUGUCAAUUCAUAUAACGAACAUGAUUGGUGUCCAUUAGAUGUUGCAAUCAUGUUAAAUAACAUUUCUAUGAUUCGACUUUUAUUACAUUAUGGUGCUGAAGAAAGUUUAAAAAUUCAACCGGAAGAAGUUCGCUAUCAAAGCGUUUGUCAGCAAUUGGUGUCCUGUACUGAACUAACAACAAAUGGAUCGAUAAAGAAAUCGUCAUCAAAUCGAUUAGCACCCGAUGACGCAACAGCGCGUCGUUUAUCUCCAUCGUCGGAAAAACAAAGUCGCCAUCGUCGUCCAAGCAAAAGUCAACAGCAACAGUUGAAUCAACAACGUUCAUUAAUGUUAUCUCAAAUGAAAGAUAAUUAUGAACAAGCAGUCAUUUCUGCGAGUAUGAGUACGAUGAAUGGCAAACAAAAGUUCCGAUCAACAGUUCUCGUUGUUAAGAAUGCGUUGAGAUUUCUGAUUACAUAUGAAGGUAAAACUUUUGAUUUAACUUAUCAGAAACGGGUGCCGGAUGCACCGACAAAUGUCCGAUUGAUUGUUACCGGUUCAGAUAAUAUAACAGUGACAUUUGAUGAACCAUUGCGAUCAAAUGGAAUUAUGGUUGUCAAAUAUAAAAUUGAAUGGAGCUUUGAUGAGAAUUUUACUGACGUUACAUUUGAUAUUAUAAAAAAUUGUUUUUUACGAGAAUAUGUUAUUCGAAAUUUACCUGUUGGACAACGAUGCUAUGUACGUGUAUCCGCAGGAAACCUCAAAGGCUUUGGACAAACAGUUCUGGCGAAUCCACCUUAUUGUACACCGUCAAAUUGGCGAGAAUUUUCGAAAACAUCAAGAAUAAACAUUUGUGAUUUACGUUUCGAAGAAAUUCUCAACAAAAUUCUCAAUGAUCGAGAAGGAAAUGAAUCAAACGAGACGUCAAACUUGAGAAAUCGUCGUCGAAGUUAUGGAACUCUUCGUAAAAACAUUCGGCAGCUAUUUCAAAUCUAUCCCCGCCUAGCUCGAUCAAUGAAACGAGGUCUCUAUCUAGUCUCUGUAAUGUUUAACGGCGACCGAAUUUUGGUCACAAACGAAGAUGUUUUACCAAUGGUUGAAGUCGAUGAAAACUACGGUCAUAAUCUAUUAGCCGAUUUUCAAUGGUUUAUGAAAUUAACAUUCGUCUGGGAUGAUUUGAAGAGUUUACGACCUGAUUUGCAACGCUGUUCCAGUGUAACAUCAUUUUACCUACGAAUUAAACUCGUUCAAGCAGCGAUCGAACUUCAGACAUUAGAAGAAAUAAACAAUCUUGGUCGUCUUCAUCAUACAUAUAUUCGUGAUAAUGAUGGCAAUGUAGCAUUUGUACUUAUUAACGAUUUGUCAUCAGAUACACGUGCGAAUAUUUGUCCAUCGAAUUUGAAAUGGAUAUCAACGACGAAAUUCUUUGAAACAAUGAAAAAUACUUCGAAUAACUCAUGCCUUCAGCAAAUUUCAGAUAAACUUCCAGAAAUGAUCGAAUUUUAUCAUGCAUCGAUGCGUCGUUUGGACUCGGGUCUCUAUGUCGCUUAUCUAAAAAUGCAAAAUAGCGUGGAUUCACUACGUGUGAUGGUCAAUAAACAUAUGCCGGGCUCGUUACCUUGUACAAAAAUCCGUUCAAAUGCAAAUGUAUCACGAGAAGAAUGGGAAUGGUUACAUAACAACCAAGAAAAUUCAGUUGCUGAUGAUUCAUUGGACAAUAGUUUAGAAUCAUUCAAAACUCAGUUUCGCAAUGCAACGAAAGAAUUGUUUGUUGUACUGAAUCUUCCGGAGAGUCAUUUCUCUAAUAGUCGAAUCUAUAACUCUCAAGUUGUGGAAAUUCGCGAUGACUUAUCAUUGAUCAUUCUUAUGUCAACGGCCGAUGAAGUAAAUAUCCUUUCCAAUCCAUCAAAUCAUUCAUUAACAUCAUUUAUUUACUUACCUGUGUAUAUAUUCGAAAUUCUUCAACAUCUGAGUAACAAUUACCGUUUUAUUUGUCAAUACAGUCGUGUAUCCAUCUGUUUGGAUUUCGAAUUGAUUUGUGCGCAGCAAAAUCAACGCGAAGCAUUUUCCAUCAAUGAAUUGGACGAAACUCGUUAUCGUCUUAAUCAUUUACUCGCCUGUCAACAAGACCUCGAUGAUAUUUGGCGUCUAUCACGUUGGCUCGUCCAUGUGAUUAACUGUGCAAAAGAUAAAACCUAUUUCGGCAUAUCCCUAAAAUCGUUUCGAUCAAAAACAGACUCUGCAUACGAAAAUGAAACUUGUUUCAUUGAAAAAAGUGACAGUGGUUUCAUCGAUAUCGAAGAUCAUUCGAUCGAAUUAACAUUCUACAUUUCAUUAUUAACAUCAAAUGCAUUUAUUCCGAUAACCAUACGUUUGAAUAAGAUGAUGAAAUUGAAUGAAAUCUUGCAAAUGAUUCUUAAACAACAGCAGGAAAAUUUGCAAGAUUCGCAUUCGUCGUUGAAUUUCAUUUGGGUUCAUUCGAAUGGAAGAGAAUAUAUGAUUGAAGAUCAUUUAACAGCGUAUGAUAUUCAAAAACGGCUGGUUCAUUUUGGUGGACAGAUUUAUUUAUGUUCGAAAGAUUUGCCCGUGUUACAAGCAACGCAAUCCGUCGACAAAACCUCAUGGCUUUUCCCUCCGACAAAUGACAGACAUACGAACGAAAAAGGAUCAAAUUUAAGUUUGAAUAUUUAA